AGCCUCUGGCUCAAGCGUUUUUCCUCACCCUCCGUCUCUCCCCCCCUUCCCCCUUUCCCAAGCCCCCUCGCCAUGCAAGCCCCGUCGCCCCCGCAGUCGGCGGCAGCGCUGCCCGUGCUGCUGGCGCUGGCGCUUGCACUGGCGGCCGCAGCGGCGGAGCCAGGCGACAUCGCCGGCGGCAAGGGCAAAGCGAUGAAGCCCAUGCCGAAGAAGCCUCAGCGGCCGAUGCUGAAGGUGCAACCUGGCGACAGCGCCGCGUGCCGGCUGAUGUGGCCACUGUGGAAGACUGCCGCGCGAAGCCUCGGCGGCGGACACGACAGGCAGAUCACCGCGGAUUCGUGCACCAACCUCCACGAGUUCUAUACGGGCCCCAUCGUGCCGGCCGAGGCGUUAAAGUUUGGCUUUGCGGUGCCCCGUGACGCCCUCGCGUACAUCCAGGUGUACAAAUGCGCAGGCACGGAGAUCUUGUGCAACCUGCGCAGGCACUUUGGCCAGCGGGAGAGAUGGAGGAGGGGCCGGAACCAGAACCCCCUACACCAGAUGCUGGGGAUGAGCCUCUUCCCGCUGCGCAGCCCGCUGGGCGACGAGGAGGGCUGGAAGGGCAAGUAUUACCAUGACACACCCGAGGAUAUCGCGCGGGCGGAGGACCAGGGCAGGGGCCCCCGCGGCGUCGCGUUCACGUUCGUCCGGGACCCGGCCGCGCGGUUCGUUUCCGGCGUCGCCGAGAUCGAGUACUAUCUGACUGUGGGGGAGCCGGAGGAGUUCGGGGACAUGGUGCUGGGGAGUCAGGCGGCGCGGUCCAACUACGAGCAGGGCGGCAUAAUCAGGGCUGCGAAGGCCGCGUGCCGUGGCUGCACGCACUUUGACCUGAAGGCCGGCUCGGAGGAGAGGGCCACGCGCAUGGUGCUCGACCUGGUGGAGGGCCGCAUGGCGAUGCACUUCCUGUGGAGGCACGUGGCCUCGCAGGUCGCGCCGAUCAACCUGUUCACGAGAAACGUCGGCCCGAUGGACCUGAUCGGCCAGCUGGAGUCGUUCGAGGAGGGCUGGGAGUCCAUCGAGGCAAUCGCUGGGGCGGGUGCCAUCCUACCCCCGUUCAACAGGUCUUGCAGGGGCCACUCGUACUCCUCCGCCGAGUCCAAGUUCGAGCCUCGAGAGACGAUGCGGAGGAUGAUCCAGCAGGAGCGGCCCGACGGGGCGGCCACGCGCGGCUCGGACGUCGCCCUCGCCCUGGGCUGCGCGGUCCUGCUGCCAGACUACGCCUGCUUCGGCUACACGAGCGUCGUGAACGGCUCUGACUGUGUGGCGGGGGGCUACGCGAAGUCCUUGGCUGAGUGGUCUGCGACCGUGGAGGCGGUCCAGGAGGAGCUGUGCCCCAGCGUGAUGGCACGCGACCUGGAGGGUUUCGCGCACGUGAAGGCCAAGAGCUUGGAGCAAGACCUCGGGAGCUUGCCGAUGCCCUCUCCCGCGCCGACCCAGCGAACCGCGCGUCACGAGCUCUGACCGGCCGCGGCAGUGGCCGCGCCUGCGUCCUCCCGCCGCGGCCGUGGCGGUCGCCGUGGCCGCGGCUCCGGGCCUGCGUGCCCACACGUUGCGUGCACCACCAGCGCCUGGCCAGGGCCCGCCCGGGCCCCAGGACGGGGCGCAGACCCUCCUGGCCUCGGCGUGCGUCGUUGGCCGUGGCUCUCCGGGUGCCCGCUCACAUCGUGGCCGCGGCCGCGGCCGCCGGCCGUGCUCGUGGUCGUGCUCGCGUGGGGCGCGGCCGCGGUCGCGGGCGUGGCUGGCGGCGGGGGGGGCCGCGGCCUCGCCCCCCGAGGCGGCG